CGUUACUAAAGAGCCAGGUUCCCAAUGUCUUGCUCUUUGAACGCAUACAUCUUUCUCUGGAAACCUAUUCUACAUUGGACAUUCACUGGCAAUAUCCGCAAACUCUUUGAUGGCAGAUCCUGACCCUGAUGAAUGAAAUCUUGGGUUUCCCUUCCGAGAAGAUCGGAUUGAAUGUUGGAUUCUUGCUUGAGAAAUUCAACCUCAACUGACACCUCUUCAACUCUCACCCAUACAUCAAACUCAGUCCUCCCAGGUAAGAACGGAACCAUGUCUGCGCCGGAGUGCCCGAAGCUCAUUUACCCAGCAGCAGAAGCGGACGAGGACCUUCUGCAGCACUUCGACGUCAAGGUCGGCAAAGAUGGGACCAAACUCCUCCAGUUUCACCUUUGCAAGCGGCUCAUGCGCAAUGUCACCUUCUCGCUGAAAUGGCAUCUCCAACACGUGUGCGAGAGAAUAAGAGAGAAAGACGAAACCAGAUCAAUGUGCUCCGCCGCGAAAAUCACGCCCCGCUUCCACUACGACGACGAAGGUCUGGUUACUCAUAUCAAACACACCCGAAUCGUAUGCCGCCACUGCCACGAAGCUGUGACCGACUGCGCGCGAGCAAUGAGGGCCCAUGUGCAGACAUGUCUUCAGGGCAGGACUCAGCCGGUAGAAGAAAACGCCUUCGCCGCCGAACUGCGACGAGACUAUUUCGAAAUCUCCUCGGGGAGGGCGGCGGCGGCGAAGGACGGCCCGUCAAUCGGAAAGCGACUUGUCGCCACUGCCAGGCUGUCAUGCAGGACCGCCAGCAAACGAUGGUCAGGCAUCUGGUUGGUUCUUGUCGUGCAACAGGUGCAUACGGGCGGGUAGAGGGUAGACCUGAUACUUUGGCGGGGAGUGGCGCCACGUGAAAAUCGGCUCUACUGCCCCUGGAAGAUGGGAGGAUUAUAAGAUCUCUGGGUCUUCCAAUAUCUAGUACGUCUGGUUGUUCUCGAAAUGCCCGGACAUAUCCACCAUAGCGGUAAUUGA